AUAUUAAGUCGAGGCAAUACCGAUGUUGUUGUAAGUUUUGAAGUGGCAUAAAGUUGCAGCAUCUUCUCUCUCUUCUCUCCAACGAACAAGCAAACGUGUGAUUUUCUGGGUCAAUUAAAAAAAUCCAACUUGGAAUCGCCAAGACUAUGGUUGAGGCUAUAGCUGAAACACCAGCGCUCAGAACCAAGUAGGCUCUGUAAUCAAUAUCAUCGGAUUCUUGAUUUUUUUUAUUUUUUUUUUGUGGGCUUUAUUACUCUGAAGCUUGUGGUUCUGGUUGGAGUGGUUGAAGAUGAGAAGUGUGCUUCGUUCUUUAAGACAAUUGCGACCAGUCCUUCAGAGGCAGGAUUGUGUUUUGAUCAAUGAUCUUGUUGCAGAAACCCCAUGUCACUUUGAAAAGAGCUGUCAUAUUCAUAGUUCAGCUUUUGAUCAUGCUGAGACCUACUAUUUCAAAAGCCACUCGUUUAGAACAAGCACGAGAGCUCUCUCGAUUGAUGCUGCAAAACUCACAAAUGGAGAAACAAGCAGAGCUGGGCCGCUUGUUGAGUAUGAACGAAGAAUUGCCAGUGGUGAACUUGUCGAGGGUGAUAGUUGCCAGGUAGAGACACUGACAGAACUUCAGAGACUGUAUGAUGAACUUGUUGAGUCUGCUGACGCCUGCCAAUUGGAUCGCAAUUCUGAAAAACCAGUAAGAAGUGGGUGGCUGUGGUCUCGUCUUUUGUCACAUCCUUCUUAUUCACCUGUCAAAGGUUUAUAUCUUUAUGGUGGAGUGGGUACUGGUAAAACUAUGCUGAUGGACCUGUUUUUUUAUCAAUUGCCCUCUAAUUGGAGGAAAAAGAGGAUUCAUUUUCAUGACUUUAUGUUGAAUGUACAUAGCCUAUUACAAAAGCAUAAGGGUUUGUCAGAUCCACUUGAUGUGGUUGCAGGAGAGAUUUCUGAUGAGGCUAUUUUAUUAUGUCUUGAUGAAUUUAUGGUAACUGAUGUAGCAGAUGCAUUGGUUCUAAAUCGCUUGUUUAGACAUUUGUUCAACAAAGGCAUUAUUCUGGUGGCCACAUCAAAUCGUGCUCCAGAUAACCUUUACGAGGGUGGUUUGCAGAGGGAUCUCUUUUUACCGUUCAUUGCAGCUUUGAAGGAAAGAUGUGUAGUACAUGAGAUUGGUUCAUCAAUUGAUUAUCGCAAAAUGACUUCGGGUGAGCAAGGAUUCUAUUUGGUUGGCAGAGAUUUGUCCGGCUUCCUUAAGCAAAGAUUUCAACAAUUGAUUGGAGACAGUACAGCUACUCCUCAAGAAGUAGAAGUAAUAAUGGGAAGGACCCUGCAUGUUCCACUGGGAGCUAAUGGAUGUGCCUAUUUUCCUUUUGAGGAACUUUGCGAUAGACCUCUUGGAACUGCAGACUAUUUUGGAUUAUUCAAGAAAUUUCAUACUCUAGCCCUGGAAGGGAUUCCAAAUUUUGGGCUUCACAAUAAAUCAGCUGCACAUAGGUUUGUCACUUUGGUUGAUGUGAUAUAUGAGAACAGGGCCAGACUAUUAUGUACAGCUGAUGGGAGCCCUCAAGAUCUCUUUCAAAAGGUAGUAACAAUAUCUGAGGCUAAACAGAUGGCACCCAGAACCUCUUCAAGAUCAAGGAAAAAUGACGAGGCUGACCUUUGUGUGGACAAUGAACUGGGGUUUGCAAAAGACCGCACAAUUAGUAGACUGACAGAGAUUAACAGCAGGGAAUACUUGGAGCAUCAUGCUGCCAUGUUAGCAGAAAAGAAAGAAAGUGUGGAUCAGAAUGUCCUUGAAGCUUGAAGAAGGGAUUCAAAACCUCUUACCAGUUUGGUUUAUCUACUAUUGUUGGUAGCAUAUACCGAUUGAAAAUGGGAUAAAACGAGUAAUGAUUGUGAACAACCAAUAAUUUCAAAUAAAAAAAUAAACGCCUUUUGCAGACCAUUAGAUUUUACCCCUGCACAGCGAGAGAUGUGUCAGUUAGUAUCAAAUAGUUACUAGCAUUACCCCAAAAUAUGGUAUAAUUGAGUGAUACAAUGCAAAAGUUCAAACAGUUGAAAUGGAAUGUUGGUCUUGCUAACUACAUUUUUUGUUGAUUAAUGUUUUGCAAGGAAAAAAGUAACAUGAAUGCUGGUACAUUCGGCUUGAUAAAUAUAUUCCUCUCGCCAGAAAGAUUGUGUACCAAGCAACAAUAUAUCUAAUAGUCAUAGAUAUGUUAAUAUUUUAAA